AUGGCCACUGAUUCAGGGGAGCCAGCCAGCACAGAAGAUUCUGAGAAACCUGAUGGAGUUUCCUUUGAAAACAGAGUUCCCCAGGUUGCUACAACUUUGACAGUAGAAGAUAGAUUAAAGGAUAAAAACAAUACCAUCUCUGCUCCUGGGGAAACCAUAGAAAAAAAGAGAUUUUUCCGAAAGAGUGUUGAGAUGACUGAAGAUGAGAAAGUUCCUGAAUCUUCCCCCAAAGAUGAGAGAAUAAAGGCUGCAACAAAUAUUCCAAGAGUAGAAAAACUUCCUACAAAUGUACUAAGAGGUGGACAAGAAAUGAAAUAUGAACAGUGUUCAAAGGCAACCUCAGAAUCCUCAAAAGAAUGCUUCAAGGAGAAAAGUGAAAAGGAAAUGGAAGAAGAAGCAGAAAUGAAAGCUGUGGCGACUUCUCCUAGUGGCAGAUUCCUGAAAUUUGACAUAGAACUGGGAAGAGGAGCAUUUAAAACAGUGUAUAAAGGACUGGACACUGAAACUUGGGUCGAGGUUGCUUGGUGUGAAUUGCAGGACCGGAAGUUAACCAAAGCUGAGCAACAAAGGUUCAAGGAAGAAGCAGAGAUGUUGAAAGGUCUACAACAUCCAAAUAUAGUUCGAUUUUAUGAUUCCUGGGAAUCAAUAUUGAAAGGAAAGAAAUGUAUUGUAUUAGUGACUGAACUAAUGACAUCAGGAACCUUAAAGACGUACUUAAAACGAUUUAAAGUCAUGAAACCAAAGGUCUUAAGGAGCUGGUGCAGACAAAUUUUAAAGGGGUUACAGUUCUUGCACACGAGGACUCCUCCUAUUAUCCAUCGAGAUCUGAAGUGUGACAACAUUUUCAUCACAGGACCCACCGGAUCUGUGAAGAUUGGGGAUCUAGGACUGGCCACCCUAAUGCGCACAUCAUUUGCUAAAAGUGUCAUUGGAACUCCAGAAUUUAUGGCUCCAGAGAUGUAUGAAGAACACUAUGAUGAAUCCGUAGAUGUCUAUGCUUUUGGCAUGUGCAUGUUGGAAAUGGCUACUUCAGAGUACCCUUACUCUGAGUGCCAGAAUGCAGCUCAAAUAUACCGUAAAGUAACCAGUGGUAUAAAACCAGCCAGCUUCAAUAAAGUCACUGAUCCAGAAGUAAAAGAAAUCAUUGAAGGAUGUAUUCGUCAAAACAAAUCUGAAAGGUUGUCUAUCAGAGAUCUUUUAAACCAUGCAUUUUUUGCUGAGGACACAGGACUUAGGGUGGAGUUAGCAGAGGAAGAUGAUUGCUCAAAUUCAUCCCUGGCUCUAAGGCUAUGGGUCGAAGACCCUAAGAAAUUGAAAGGAAAACACAAAGAUAAUGAAGCUAUUGAAUUCAGCUUCAAUUUGGAAACAGAUACACCUGAAGAAGUAGCAUAUGAAAUGGUCAAGUCUGGAUUCUUCCAUGAAAGUGAUUCCAAAGCUGUUGCUAAAUCUAUUAGAGAUCGAGUGACCCUGAUUAAAAAGACAAGGGAGAAGAAGCCUGCUAGCUGUUCUGAAGAACGCCGGGAUUCUCAGUGCAAGUCUACAGGGAAUGUACUCCCUCAGCAACAGACUGCAACUUUGCCACCUGCUCCUGUUCAGCACAAUGGGGCUGAAAGUGAAGAAACAGAAGUUGAUCAACAUGUUCGACAGCAACUUCUCCAGAGAAAUCCACAGCAGCCCUGCUUCUCUGUUAGAGGUGACAAUUUGCCUGACACAGGAUCUGGAUCAGUUAUGCCUUCAGAAACUUCAAGUCAGCCCAAUAUAGCCUAUUCAUCAAACCAGCCAAUUGGCUCCCAACUGGUUUCUAACAUCCCACAGGCUGAUAUAAAUGUUCCAGGGCUAAUUUAUCCAUCUCAGCAAUUAGUAGGACAUUGCCAGCAAAUUUCAGGGUUGCCGAUGCAACCAAACCUAACUCAGCCCCAAGUUUUACCUGUGGUUCAAGGUCAGUCUUCUGUUUUGCCUGUACAAGUUGUUGGACCUACAGUUGUUUCACAGCCACAAGUUUCUCCAUUAUCUACCCAGAAGAUCUCACAGGUAAAUCCUAUAUCCCAACCAGCUGGAGCUGAGCAAGUAGCUAUUCAAAAACCAGAUGUAGUUCGAAGCAAUCAUACAGUGUCAACUUCUGGAGACAAUAUGGUGGAGUGUCAGUUAGAGACACACAACAGCAAAAUGGUUACCUUCAAGUUUGAUGUUGAUGGUGAUGCACCAGAGGAUAUUGCAGACUAUAUGGUUGAAGAUAAUUUUGUGCUGGAAAAUGAGAAAGAAAAAUUUGUAGAAGAAUUGAGAGUUAUAGUAGGUCAAGCUCAAGAGAUCCUUCAUGUCCAUUCUGCUGCAGAAAAGGCCGCUGGUGUUGACUCUGUUACCUUGGAAUCCAAUAAUAACCAAACAGGAUCAUCUGAACAAGUACAGAUAAAUUCUGCAUCUACUCAAACCAGCAAUGAAUCUGCUCCUCAAUCAUCCCCAGUUGGUCGAUGGCGAUUCUGUAUCAAUCAAACAAUAAGAAACCGUGAGGCUCAGUCUCCUCCUUCUCUCCAGCCUUCCGUGGCUAUGAUUGCUGGGCUAUAUCCAUUUCCUAGUUCAAGAAACACAAGUAAUAAGGAAAUAUCAAAGGAUACACUGUACUCUACAGAAAGUCAUUCAUGCCAGCAUGCAAUUUUCACCUCCAAUUUACAUCACAAGGAUGUGGUUGAUGGUAAGAUUUCUGAAUGUGCUAGUGUCGAAAUUGAGCAGCCAUCUAUGCUUUACCCAGGAGAAGAUAACAGGCAGAUAAUAGCACCAACUCCUAGUAGUCCCAAUUAUUCUGCUACUUCGGUGUGUGCAGUUCCACUUGAAUGUAAGGGACUCGUCAGCCAAGCAGGCAUGUUCAUACCUGUGUGUCCAUGUCAACCAACUGCCAACCAGCCUGAUGUACUCAUGUCUCAUCCUGGUGAAUCAACUCCGGUUGCUGGUAAUACUCUUCCAACUUUGGCAUUUGUAUCUGAUCGAACACCUCAGUCCUUACCAGUACAGCAGCCAACUAUGGAUGCAGAGUUUAUUUCCCAAGAAGGAGAAGCAACAGUGAACAUUGAUACAAGUUCUCCUAAGGCUGUCAUUCCCACUCAGACCCCUGGCCUUGAACCAACUACUCUUCUACCCACUGCUGUCCUGGAAUCAGAUGGGGAAAGACCUCCAAAAAUGGAGUUUGCAGACAACCGAAUCAAAACACUGGAUGAAAAAUUAAGAAACUUGCUCUAUCAGGAGCACAGCAUCUCUAGCGUCUAUCCAGAGAGUCAGAAGGAUACCCAAAGCAUCGACUCUCCAUUUUCUUCCUCUGCUGAAGAAACACUAUCUUGUCCAAUGCCAGAAGUCAUUGCUAUCAGUCAUUGUGGAAUUCAAGAUAGCCCUGCACAAUCCCCUGUCUUGCAACAGACAGUCCCUAAGAUUCUGUCCAAUGUGGCUGCAAGUCAGCCUGCUAAUAUAUCAGUGUUCAAAAGGGACCUGAAUGUGAUUACUUCUGUACCAAGCGAAUUGUGUUUACAUAACCAGUAUAUAUGCUUAAAACCAAUGCAGAAUGAGAACAAAUUUAAAGUAGCUGUUACGUUACUCCCUCCCACUCUAAACACUGUUAAGGUUCUGGUUCUAAAUUUUGCAAUCAUUGCUACUAGUAACUUACACAUUCAGGAGGUGGUAAAUCUGCAAACCCAGCAGAAUAAAGAGCUGCAGGAGCUCUAUGAACGCCUGCGAUCCAUUAAAGAUAACAAAGCCCAGUCUUCAGAGAUUCCUUUGCCACCUACAUCACCACGUCGGCCAAGAUCUUUCAAAAGUAAACUUCGCAGCCGUCCCCAGUCCUUGACACAUACAGACAAUAGCAUGGUUACAAAAGAUUUACUUGGUACAGAGGGUAGUACAGCUUCAUGCCAGCAAUCUCCAGCCAGUAAAAAAGGAAUGUUCACAGAUGACUUACAUAAACUGGUGGAUGACUGGACAAAGGAAACAGUAGGAAAUUUUCCUAUGAAGCCAAGUUUAAACCAGCUUAAGCAGAGUCAACAAAAACUAGAAACAGAAAACUGGAACAAGGGAUAUGAAAAUACUCCAUCUACUAUGGGCUACACAUCAACAUGGAUUUCUUCUCUUUCCCAAAUACGUGGAACAGUCCCAACUUCUUUGCCACAAGGACUUCCACUCCCCUCCUUUCCUGGGCAAUUAUCAUCUUACGGAGUGUCCCAUGUUUGUCAGUAUAAUACUGUAGGAGGCACAGGGUAUCCCUUACAGUGGGUUGGAAUCCCAGGAACAACACAGCAGUCUGUAGUGAUUCCUUCCCAAUCUGCAGGACCAUUCCAGCCAGGGAUGAAUUUGCAGGCAUUUCCAGCUCCACCAGCACAGAAUCCAUCUACGAUCCCUUCUACAAUCCCUCCUGGUCCUAAAUGA